AUGAUAUCAAUCAAGCUCAAACUCCUAUGUUCAAGUGGCCGUAGCGUUACGUUUUGGUCCAGAGGAAUUCAUAAGCCGAAAAUCGUACCACCUGAAACUUUCCAUAUCGACGGAGAGUCUUUUUUGCCUGAUGAGAAAUGGAAUUUGUCUCCAGCUGUGAUUCAGAAAUUGCAGAGGCGAUUACUUUUCGAAUCUGGAAAUCCACUUUGCUUGCUGAAAAAGCGUAUUGUCGAUUAUAUAUAUGGAAAAUAUCGUGUAAAAGGUGGAAACUCUCCACAAUUUACUGUUAUUGAUAAUCAAUCGCGAGUUGUAUCUGUAUUUGACAAUUUCGAUUCAUUACUUGUGCCUAUUGAUCAUGUCAGUCGAAGUACUCUAGAUACUUACUACAUCAACAAAGAUUACUGCUUGAGAUCACAUACCUCAGCUCAUCAGCAUUCACUCAUCAAACAAGGUUUAGAUAGUUUCUUGGUAAUUGGUGAUGUAUAUCGUCGUGAUGCAAUUGAUCGCACUCACUUUUCAUGCUUUCAUCAAGUUGAAGGUGUACGUUUGUUUACCGCUGCAGAGUUAUUUAACGACCCGUUAAAUCCAAAUCAGAAGCCACUGUUCAUAAAUGGUUCAAGAACAUCAGAAAAACAGGAGCUGCAUACAGAAAAUGCAGCCGAAUGUUUGGUCAAAGAUUUAAAAGAAAAUUUAGAGGAUCUGUGUCGUAUUAUAUUUAACUUUGAAUGUGAUAUGAGAUGGGUUGGUGCAGAUUUUCCAUUCACUUACCCAUCAUUCGAGCUAGAAGUUUACUACGAAAACAGAUGGAUGGAGGUUCUUGGCUGUGGUAUUAUAGAACAAGAUCUUUUGAAAAUAGCUGGUGUUGUAGACAGAGUUGGUUGGGCAUUUGGUCUUGGUCUUGAGCGACUUGCUAUGAUCCUUUACGGCAUUCCGGAUAUUAGAUUAUUUUGGAGUCGUGAUUCAGGAUUUCUAUCUCAGUUUACGGGAAAAUCCUCAACAGAAAACUUUAAAUAUGUGCCUGUUAGUGUCCAUCCACAAGUCCUGUAUGAUUUAUCCUUCUGGCUUCCUGAUGGUAUGAGUCCUGAUGAGAUGAAUGCGGAAACUUGUGACUUAAUACGUUCUACAGAUGAUUCACUAAUUGAACAAGCAAACGAUUGCCAUUUUACAUUUUCAUAUUCUCACUAUAAUUUAAAGUCAACUGAAAACGUUCGUUUUCAGGUUAAAAUGAUCGACACUUUUUUGCAUCCAAAAACGAAGAAAAUAAGUCAGACUUACCGUUUGGUUUACCGCAGUCAUGAUAAAGCUCUUACAAAAGAAGAAGUAAACCGAAUUCACUUCAAAAUCAGGCAAAAAAUGGUCGAGAAUUAUGGCGUUAUGUUGCGAUGA